GAGAGAGGGAGAGAGAGGGAGAGAGAGACAGACAGAGAGAGAGAGACAGACAGAGAGAGACAGACAGACAGACAGACAGACAGACAGACAGACAGACAGACAGACAGACAGACAGACAGAGAGAGAGAGAGAGAGAGAGACAGACAGACAGACAGACAGACAGACAGACAGACAGACAGACAGACAGACAGACAGACAGACAGACAGACAGACAGACAGACAGAGAGAGAGAGAGAGACAGAGAGAGAGACAGAGAGAGAACAAAAGAGACAGACUGACAGACAUUUAAAACACUGGAAUAACUCUUCGUCUUUUGAUCUACAGUGUUCUUUACCAAUGGAGAAAAGGGACUUCAGUGAGAUCUCCGACACGUGCAAGUGGGAGUCGCCAGAUUACGAGCCAUGGUUUCCUGUGUCGGAGAAGUCCAACCCCCUGACUCGCGACAUCGACAAGUCCUCGCCCAAUCAUAUUGUCCGUCUGCUGGCAGCCUGCGACGCACAGAUGUUCCAAAAGGACACAGGAACCACCUACCAGAGGCUGUUCAGUGACAGUGUAGUGUUGACCAUGCUGGAGGUGGCCAGGACGGUGGAGCAAAUUCUCAGGGACCCAGAGGAUAGUCUGGUUGUGUUGAGUGGUUGUGGAACCUCUGGUCGCUUGGCCUUCCUAAUGGCGUCAUGUUUUAACAGAGCCCUGAGAGACAGGCAGCAGAACACUGUUUACUCUUAUAUCAUUGCUGGGGGAGACAGAGCCCUGCUCACAUCCCAGGAGGCAUCAGAGGAUGACCCCGAACUAGGCAUGCUCACACUGGAGAAGCUAUGUGAAGGAAAGAGGCGUGUCCUGUUCAUCGGCAUUUCCUGUGGCCUGUCAGCUCCAUUUGUAGCAGGACAGCUGGACUUUUGUCUGAAACACCCUGACAUCUACACUCCUGUACUGGUGGGAUUCAACCCCGUCACACAGGCCAGGGAGGAGACCAUGCCAGGCUACAGUCUGACUUUCAGGGAAGUGGUCCAGAGGAUGGAGGAGCAGAGAGGUCAAAGGGCAUUCAUCAUCAACCCAGCAGUUGGGCCAGAGGCCAUCAGUGGUUCCUCCAGAAUGAAGGGGGGCAGUGCCACCAAGAUCCUACUGGAGACCAUCCUGGCAGCCGCACACACAGCUGCCUUCGCCAACACACACGUCACACAGCAGGUGAGUGUGUUUGAGGACAGGGUAUCCCGACAUACAGAACAGGUGAGUGUGUUUGAGGACAGGGUAUCCCGACAUUCGGAGCAGGUGAGUGUGUUUGAGGACAGGGUAUCCUGGUACAGAACAGACUAUGAGGACAUCCGAGGCUUCAUCAGUGGAGGAUACCAGGACAUGGACAACAUAGUUGGUGACCUCACAUCACUGGGAUCCCAGUUCUGUAUAGCCCAUGAGGACUUUGUGAGUCUGGUUCUGCCUACUUUGAGUGACAAAGACACCGUCCUACUGCUAUACACAUGUCAUGAUGACGUUGGUGAUGUAGAAAAGAUGGUCCACAGAGUGAGAGAGAAGACCUCCAACCUACACUCUCUCUAUCACGGACUAGAGGGAGACACCGCUGUUCACAGCAUUGGUCUCCUGUGUUCAUCUGUCCUCAACAUAACCUGGCCCUCCUCCUCUACUGUCCACAUGCAGUGGGAGCUGUCCAGUAAGUUGGUGCUGAAUGCUGUGAGUACAGGAAGUCACGUUUUAAAGGGAAAGAUCUACAGGAACCACAUGGUAGACCUACAGGUCACCAACAGCAAACUGUACCACAGGGCUACACACAUACUGCAGAAGUUGUCAGGUGUCUCCCUGACCCAGUGUGAGGAGGCUCUAUUGAAGGCCAUCUAUCAUGUGGAGCAACUUCCAGAGGACAUCACCUCAGCUGGGGUCACCACACACACAUUCACCGCCAGCCGCAGGAACAGGGUGGUCCCACUGGCGUUAGUCUGUCUGCUGAUUGGUUGCUCUCUCUCUGAGGCGGAGUCUCGUCUGGAGUCCCACCCAGUGGUGCGUGACGCUGUAGAGGCUUGUCUGACAUCAUCACAACAUCUGACAUCAUCACCAGGAGACCAGAACUCCCCAAAUCAUUGACUUCCUAUAGUUGGAAACUUUAUGAUACUACAGUAUUAUAAUUAUACUAUACUUUGAUUAACUAUACUUUAAUAAUAUGUUUUGAUAAGAUCAGUUCGUAACCUCUAAAGGAAUCUGGUGGAUGUAACCUUAAUCAUUUAUCUUCCAUUUACUAACAUAACAAACACUACAUAGUAUGAUAACAUUCGGAAAGCAUUCAGACCCAUUGACAUUUUUCACAUUUUGUUACGUUACAGCCUUAUUCUAAAAUGGAUUAAAAAUAAAUGUAAAAAAAUCAGCAAUCUGUACACAAUACUCCAUAAUUAUAAAGUGAAAACAGGUUUGUAGAAUGUUUGCAAAUGUAUUAAAAACAAACAGAAAUAGCUUAUUUACAUAUGUAUUCAGACCCUUUGAUAUGAGAAUCGAAAUUGAGCUCAGGUGCAUCCUGUUUCCGAUGAUCAUCCUUGAGAUGUUUCUACAACUUCACCUGUGGUAAAUUCAAUUGUUUCCAUUGAUCAUCCUUGAGAUGUUUCUACAACUUCACCUGUGGUAAAUUCAAUUGAUUGGACAUGAUUUGUAAAAGGCACACACCUGCAAAAACCAAGCUAUGAGGUCGAAGGAAAUGUCCGUAGAGCUCCGAGACAGGAAUGUGUCAAGGCACAGAUCUGGGGAAGGGUACCAAAACAUUUAUGCACCAAUCAAGGUUCCCAAGAACACGGUGGCCUCCAUCAUUCUUAAAUGGAAGAAGUUUGGAACCACCAAGGCUCUUCCUAGAGUUGGCCACCCGGCCAAACUGACCAAUCAGGGGAGAAGGGCUUUGGUCAGGGAGGUGACCCAGAACCCGAUGGUCACUCUGACUGAGCUCCAGAGUUCCUCUGUGGAGAUGGGAGAACCUUCCAGAAGGACAAACAUCUCUGCAGCACUCCACCAAUCAGGCCUUUAUGGUAGAGUGGCCAGACGGAAGCCACUCCUCAGUAAGAGGCACAUGAGAGCGCGCUUGGAGUUGGCCAAAAGGCCCAUUAAGGACUCUCUUGAGGUCUGGUCUGAUGAAACCAAGAUUGAACUCUUUUGCCUGAAUGCCAAGCAUCACGUCUGGAGGAAACAUGGCACAUCCCUACGGUGAAGCAUGGUGGUGGCAGCAUGAUGCUGUGGGGAUGUUUUUGAGCUGCAGGGACUGGGAUACGAGUCAGGAUUGAGGAAAAGAUGAACAGAGAAAAGUACAGCGAGAUCCUUGAUGAAAACCUGCUCCAGAGUGCUCAUGACCUCAGACUGGGGCGAAGGUUCACCUUCCAACAGGACAAUGACCCUAAGCACACAGCCAAGACAAUGUGGCUUCGGGACAAGUCUCUGAAUAUCCUUGAGUUGCCCAGCCAGAGCCCGGACUUGAACCUGAUCGAACAUCUCUGGAGAGACCUGAAAAUAGCUGUGCAGCAACGCUCCCCAUCCAACCUGACAGCACUUGAGAGGACCUGCAGAGAAGAAUGGGAGAAACUCCCCAAAUACAGGUGUGUGCCAAGUUUGUAGCAUCAUUCCCAGGACUUGAGGCUCUAAUCGCUGCCAAAGGUGCUUCAACAAAGUUCUGAGUAAAGAGUCUGUAUAUUUAUGUAAAUGUGAUAUUUCCAUUUUUCAUUUGUAAUAAAUGUUCAACAAUUUAAAAAAAAUAUGUUUUGCUUUGUUAUUAUGGGAUGUUGUGUUUAGAUUGAUGAGGAUAAAAAAACAUUUAAUACAUUUUAGAAUAAGGCUUUGACAGUUAAUGUUUCAAUCACCCACAUGGGUAUAUGCUCUUAAAAACCAAUGAGGAGAUGGGAGAGGAGGGACUCGCAGCGCAUCAAGCGUCACAAAUAGAACCAGGUUCUAUUUUAGUGCCUGGCUACGUAGACUAUCUUGGCUACGCGUGAGCAGUGUGGGUGCAAUGAUUGAAUAACAUGUAUGUGUAAAUUUAAUUUGCAACGCAUGCGACACGUAAGCCCCCACAUAGGGCAGUAGAACAGCAGACUGUAACCAUGACAACAAGGCAGCACCAGAGGGCAGUAGAACAGCAGACUGUAACUAUGACAACAAGGCGGCACCAGAGGGCAGUAGAACAGCAGACUGUAACCAUGACAACAAGGUGGCACCAGAGGGCAGUAGAACAGCAGACUGUAACCAUGACAACAAGGCAGCACCAGAGGGCAGUAGAACAGCAGACUGUAACCAUGACAACAAGGCAGCACCAGAGGGCAGUAGAACAGCAGACUGUAACCGGGACAACAAGGCAGCACCAGAGGGCAGUAGAACAGCAAACUGUAACCGUGACAACAAGGCAGCACCAGAGGGCAGUAGAACAGCAGACUGUAACCAUGACAAUAAGGCAGCACCAGAGGGCAGUAGAACAGCAGACUGUAACCAUGACAACAAGACAGCACCAGAGGGCAGUAGAACAGCAGACUGUAACCAUGACAACAAGGCGGCACCAGAGGGCAGUAGAACAACAGACUGUAACCAUGACAACAAGGCAGCACCAGAGGGCAGUAGAACAUAACAUGAGAAAAUCUACUGCAACUGUAGUUGGAAACAAAGCCGUAGGUUGAGUUCCUGCCUGGGUUUGAUGCGUUGGUGUUGCAUUGCAGAUUGUUAUAUCAUAUGAUGUGGUUAGCUGCUAUGUUAAACACCUAUUGAGGCGUUGUGAGAUCUGGCAUUCGUCCGCAAUGUAGUAGGGCAGGAACUCGACCGUAUAGAGACGUUGGAGCUGGACGCCACGUUGUUACCUCUGAACAUUCCAUUCAACCACUCAUGAGCUGUGAUGUUCAGACAUUUCCAUCAAUUGCUAUUGGACAAUCUUGACCAGAAACCUGGUGGCCACAUGGUUAGAAUAUCAGCACCUAUAAGCCAAUAUGUCAAAUAUCAGUGGUCGCCAACAUGUCAAAGCUGUGAUCCGCCUCUAGCUAUUUGGAGUUAUCUGUGAACAAAGCCAAUGUUCUGACACAGUCCUGAGGUCUCAUUGGUUCACUUCCAGUUAUAAGAAAAUCUGUUUCAGACCAUUUUCUAAAACAAUUUCUUCAAAGCAAGUUUACCUGAACAGUCAAAGGACAUAGAACAUACUUGAGAAUAUUCUCAACUUUCUCCUGUAGGGAUCCGUCUCCCAGCGAGAUAAUAUUUAUCACAAAAAAAUGUCCAAAUGUAUCCCACAGCCAAUGUAGCAUUGUGCUUAUACUGACAGCGUCUGUUUCUGCCUUGUGUCCGUGAGGCUACGGCUCAGAUUGGACUGUGGUGUAAAACAUCCUCAAUCCCUCUGUGGCAAAUUAAAAGACACACACACACACACACACACACACACACACACACACACACACACACACACACACACAGAGGAUUAGAGUAACAUGGGUGCUGUUCUCUAUCAGAGUGACUGAGCUGCUUUAGAUCCGGUAUCCUGGAGCCAAUGUGGCACUUCUGGUGCACUGUACACACAUUACACACACUACACAAACAUUACACACACUGAACAGAAUCUAAAGGGAUCCCACUCUCCUCUUCACAAAAUAGUUAGUCUUUAUCUGAACUAGAUCUUUUACAAAAGAGUUUAAAUGUUCUAGUCAGUGGAAAUCUUUCGCAUGGUACCUUUAAGCAGCAACAAAUUUCAACUAAACAGUAUUUUUCGUUUAAAAUAUUUUAUUUUAUUCAUUAUUAUACAUUAAAAUACAUUAGAAUCUUCAUUUGAAACUUUACAUGGUGUUCCCAAGGUUAUGUCACACAAGAUUGACAGCCGAACGGACCAAUAGCAGCAUAGACAUGUCCCACAGCACCACCAACCAACCAAUAGGACUUGAUUGACGCCCAAAAAACAAACAAAAACAGACUGCUUAGACUGAGCCUGAGAGAAUCAUAGUGCACAUCUGUCUCAACCCUGUGUAAAGAUAUGUUACAGUAUAGAUAUAUAGAUAUGAGGACUUCGCUCUAAACUACAAGUGUCAAAGUCCACCCUGUUUGAUCUUAUCCAUAAAUAUAUUCAAUACAUCCAGAUAACCCUUCAGUCAGGUAGGACAACAACAACAACAAUACCAGCUGUACCGCUAAUAAUGAGAUUAAAGAUAGAGAUAGAUGUCUCUCUUCUCUCUCCCUCAUCUCUCUUGACACCAUGGUUGCAGUAAAAGCCUAUUUAUGCUUGAUCCGAAAAAAAUGUGAUCGGAGGCUCUGAACGGAAGGUGUGACGCAAUUGCAGAGCCUCCAGAUGCACACGGAGACCAAACUGAGCUCUGUACGGCAUCGCCGUGCGCCUCCCCAACUCUGUACCAAUGCGGAGGGUUACGUAUAGCUCCUCAUUGACAUGAUUGGUUGACAAUCUCACUUCCUUGACAACAGCUCUGCGCUGCUCGGCGAUGGGCAAAAAUAAUGAAUUGCCCUGACUUCUGCAGAGACCGUAAUCACCGUAAAUGGUGCUCCGGUCGAUGCAAACGUCGGAUUGACCACGCAAUGCCUUUAUUAAGACUUUAGUGAUUACCGUCCCACAUGGUUAAAGCCCUCCUGCGUCAUAUCGCUUGACAAAACAACUGAACGCAACAACACAGACGCAGAUCAGGGUGCGUUACCUUGACAACUCAACAACAACAACCUUCACGGGUCUGACAGAAAGCACACUUAAACAGGUUCGGUACUAGUGAUGAGCGAUUAACGGAAAUGUUGUACUUUUUUUUCUUUGCUAUUAAACAACUAAUUGACUGAAGUCAGUUAAAUUACUUGAAUUACAUUUAUUUUUAAUUUUUUUUGUGUGUGCCCAACACAUAAAUCACUCAAGAGAGAAAUCAAGUCAAGAACUAUGUGGAACACUGGGCUGAAGGGAGUUGUAGUUUUCAUAGACGGGUUGGAUUCGCAACUGUGGGGCAAAACAGAUAUCCAUUCUUAUCCAAUGUUUAUUGAAAACAUAAAUAAAAUGUAUUGAUGAGCUAGCGUUUUUUUUUUGCCAUAUUAGCAUUGACAUGAAAUCAGCCAAAACAAGACAUGAUAUCAAUAACAAGAAACAAGACACAUCCAGAAUCCCCACACACUAGUUUCUUGUCAUUCUUGCUAGCAAUCUGGCCAUCCAGAAUCACAACAGGUUGACUUCUGCCCCACGGAAGCGCGCACAUCGUUUUCGUGAUAUCAGCUAACCCAUCUAUAUAAAGCAAAUAUUCAACUUAUUAGUUCAGUGCAGAAACAUGGGCAAUUAACUACAAUGCCCAUAAUCCAUUGCGCCUGUUCUUUCCUGCUUCAACAGAGACACGUUUACGCGUGCUCUGUUAGGUUAGAUACUCACAGACCGCAAUGUGCACAACACAAUGACAAGAGGGACAGAGACAGUUGGUGAAGGUAUGCCUUAUCUACUUUGAAGAACUAGUAAAAUGAUUUAGCCAGACAGCUAUGCGGCAUACUUAGGCAGGCUAGCUAAAUAGGAUGACAAGACAGUACAGUCUGGGGAGUACAGAUACAAUAUUAGAUGGGCUGGCUGGCAGCUACUGCCUGAACAGAUGUGAGACCAUGACUUUAAAA